AUGGCGGUAGGAAUGGUAAUGGCAAUAGACGCCCUUCUGCAAGUGGGCGUCGGAGAGGCGGUGUCGGGGAGGUCAGCCGGAGUCCACCGCGCCCUGGACAUCAACGCCCCUCUGUACGUGGGCGGGGUCCCGAGCAUCGUCUCCCAGAUCGCCGAGAACCUGGGCGUGGCCAAGGGGUUCGCGGGAUGCAUCUACGGCCUCAAGAUUGGGAGGAAGGCUUUGGACUUGGUUUGGGGGCGGUCCCCGAGUGUCGGCCACGCCUACAAUGUGAGCGAGUGCCACCCGUCUCCUUGUGCCGCCCUCCCCUGCAUCAACGGUGGCACCUGUCACCCUCGUUCUCACCUGGCCGGGUUCAGGUGCCAGUGCCCGCCCACGCACACAGGUGCUCGGUGCCAGGUAGAAGUAGGCGAGGAGUGCCGCCGUCUGCAAUGCCCACCUGGCACCAGCUGUCAACAUGCCCCAGCUACUGCCACCCUUCACUGCGCUCCGGACUCCGGCGCCGAAGGAGACACUUGGCCCGUGGCUGAGUUCGGCGGCGAGGGCUACCUGGCCCUGCCGAAGCCCGAGUCCGCCCUCGACGCCUUCACGCUCGAGGUGUGGUUCCUGUCGCGUGCUCUGCAUGGCAUGCUCCUCUACGGGGGUCAAGGCCCUACCGUCCGAGGCCAUUUUGUCAGCCUAAACCUGGCCAGCGGCUUCUUGCACUUCCGCUUUGAUGUCGGCUCCGGCGUUGUCAACCUGACAUCGAACACUGUGAUAGAGGUGGGCGUGUGGCAUCGUGUGGUGGCUACGUGGGCGGGUGGGCGGGCCUCGCUGCAGUUGGACCAAGGCGCGCCCAUCACCUGCCCCGCCCCCACGCCCUUAACCCACACCCUGGCUCUUAACAUGCCUAUCUACCUCGGGGGAGUCAAGUAG